AUGCAGUGUAUUGCCCUAUUUCUCACAUUGUGCCUUGGACUAGCCCUGGCCAGUCCCUUGAAUGAACGCAUAGUCAACGGCGACAUCGCUGAACGUGGCCAGUUUCCGUAUGCCGUGGGAUUACUCCUUCCAACUGGGGUUUGUGGAGCGUCACUCGUUUCUGCCAAUUAUGUUCUGACGGCGGCGCAGUGCAUCAAUGGUUUGACGUCCGUCACGGUGGUGCUGGGAUCCACUCGAAUAUUCGACGUGCUGGACGAAGGUCAGAUUCGCUUGGAAGCGACAGUGUUGAAAGUGCAUCCUGGAUUCGAGAUCGCACCCGAUAUCUUCGACGUGGGAUUGAUUCAACUGCCCCAAAGUGUGCCUGACUUCACUCCGAUCAGGUUGCCCAACUUGAGACAAGUGGAUGCUACGUUCGUCGGCCAGCAGGCUACGAUCAUUGGAUGGGGCAGCACCAGCAACAACGGACCCCAAUCCAUGGAUUUGCGGUAUAUUCGGUUGCAAAUUAUCUCGGUUAUCUCCUGCCGGCUCGGUCUUCCUACGCAGCAAAUCACCGAUAAUCAUAUAUGCACCGAUUCGUCGGCGAGUGCUCCCUGUCAAGGGGAUUACGGUGGCCCUUUGACGCUUGUGGACUCAGACGGCAUAACAAAGCAAGUAGGAGUCUUUUCGUUCAGUUCCGUCCUGGGAUGCGAAAGCAAUCGACCGUCGGUGUUUACUCGGAUGGCCUCGUACUUGCAGUGGAUUGGCGACAACUCGGAUGUAGAUAUUCGUGAGGGUUUCGAAUAAUGUUGUGCACGAAUUAAAUUGGUUUCAAUAUAAUGAC